UUUAGCCUCCUCCUUCUCAUUUCCACAAUUUAACGCGCCAAACUCUGAUAAUUUUAAACAGAGAGUUUCUCUGUCUCUCUCAUGAGAUUUUCACACACUCUCUCUAAAACUCCGUUUUUGGCUCCGAUUAUGGCGUCCGGAUCGGUUUCUGGUUCGGCUUCGCUGGUGUGGUUUAGGAAGGGUCUCCGGAUCCAUGACAAUCCGGCGUUAGAGUACGCUUCGAAGGGAUCAAAGUCUGUUUAUCCUGUGUUUGUUAUUGAUCCGCAUUACAUGGAACCGGACCCUAACGCGUUCUCUCCAGGGUCGGCCCUGGCCGGUCUGAACCGAAUCCGGUUCUUGCUUGAGAGUCUGGUGGAUCUUGACUUGUCUCUCAAGAAGCUCGGGUCCAGAUUGCUGAUUUUGAAGGGCGAGCCAAGUGAAGUUGUGAUUCGGUGCUUAAAGGAGUGGGAUAUCAAGAAGCUUUGCUUUGAGUAUGACACGGAACCGUAUUAUCAGGCUCUGGAUAAGAAAGUUAAGGAUUAUGCUUCUACAGCUGGAAUUGAGGUUUUCUCUCCAGUGAGUCAUACUCUCUUUAAUCCUGUAGAUAUUAUACAGAAGAAUGGGGGAAGGCCAGCACUGAGUUAUCAAUCAUUUUUGAAGCUUGCCGGGCAACCUUCAUGGGCAUCGUCCCCACUGUCAAUCUCAAUUUCGUCACUUCCUCCUAUUGCAGAUGUUGGAAGUUGUGAGAUUACAGAAGUUCCAACAGUUGAAGAACUUGGCUACAGAGACUAUGAACAGGAUGAGUUGACGCCUUUUAGAGGCGGUGAAUCAGAAGCCUUGAAGAGAUUGAGAGAAUCUAUCAGUAACAAGGAGUGGGUGGCAAACUUUGAGAAACCUAAAGGUGACCCAUCUGCAUAUGCAAAGCCAGCAACAACUGUUCUGUCACCUUACUUGAAAUUUGGAUGUCUGUCUUCCAGAUAUUUCUAUCAAUGCCUUAUAAAUGUUUAUAAGAAUGUCAAAAAGCACACAUCACCACCAGUUUCCCUUGUUGGACAGUUGCUAUGGCGAGAUUUCUUCUACACUGUAGCUUUUGCCACUCCGAAUUUUGACCGGAUGAAAGGUAAUAGAAUUUGCAAGCAGAUACCUUGGAAUAAUGAUGAUGAACUGCUGGCUGCUUGGAGGGAAGCUAGGACAGGGUACCCUUGGAUUGACGCUAUUAUGGUCCAGCUUCGCAAGUGGGGUUGGAUGCACCAUCUUGCUCGACAUUGUGUAGCAUGUUUCCUAACUCGUGGCGAUCUGUUUGUUCAUUGGGAAAAAGGGCGUGAUGUCUUCGAAAGACUUCUUAUUGAUUCAGAUUGGGCAAUUAAUAACGGAAAUUGGAUGUGGCUAUCAUGUUCAUCAUUCUUUUACCAGUAUAACCGCAUCUAUUCCCCUGUGUCAUUUGGAAAGAAAUACGACCCCAAUGGCAAUUAUAUCAGGCAUUUUCUGCCUGUUUUGAAAGAUAUGCCAAAGCAAUAUAUUUAUGAACCAUGGACAGCUCCACUGAGCGUUCAAACUCAAGCAAAGUGCAUAAUUGGAAGAGAUUACCCAAAACCAGUGGUUUCUCAUGAUUCUGCAAGCAAAGAAUGCAAGAGAAAGUUGGGCGAAGCAUACGCUUUGAACCAAAAACUGAACGGCCAGGUGAGCGAAGAUGAUUUAAAAAAUUUAAGAAGAAAAUUAGAGGAAGAUAAAGAGCAGGAAUCCGGAAGUAGAAGGCAAAAGCAAAAGCUCUGACUGGUUAUAACUUAAAACAACAUUAACAAAUUAGGCCUGGCAUUACAAGAGGAUAGUUUUCCACUCUCGCAAAUUCAAGUCAGUAAUCAUAGCUUAAACCCUUUUGAUUCCCAAUAGACCAAAUUAGGAGUAAUCCCUUAACCACAAUCCAUCCAACUUUGUCUCACUUCAUCAAUUUAUCCAAUUAAACUGUUAUCUUAAGGUUUGUUUGUACACUUUUGUUGUUAUCCUCUCCUGGUUUUGAAUGUUUUAUCCCAUUGGCAUAGGAUUUUUUUUUUUACUUUUUUUGGCCAUUUCUAAGAAUUCAAUAAAAGGGGACCAGAGGUUUGGCAACUUUGGUGUAUCUUUUACGACUUGAAUCCUUUUCUGAUUUGAGCAUUUCUAAACUUAGAAGGAUCUCAUGACACGUGCAUUUUCACUUAUUUGUGAUUGAGAUUUAUUUGUAUAUUCUUAUUUUGUAACUUUUAAAUUACAAACUAAC